ACAAGCCUAAACAUUUCACUUCGCGAAAAAUUAGACUUACCCUCGCAUCCUUCUCUCUCUCUGUCUCUCCCUCCAUACACCUCUCUGACCGUGUCUCUUUCCAUCCUCACUCGCGUUUGUUAAAACUAAACAACUAUUGGAACUGGACACAGUCAGGUUUUGGUGCUGUUUUCUUGUUCUUGUUAAUCCUACACUUCUGUCAUUCAUUCAUUUUCUUCUUCACCUCACGCUCUUCCUCUGUAGCCUUGCUACUGUCGCGAGCCGUUCGCGCGGAUACUGAGAGAGAGAGAGAGAGACGAACUUUGGAGCACGUGACAACAUCUGGAGCUUCAUUUAUUUAUUCUUUUGAUACAUUUGUUUGUUUAUUUGUCUGCGUAUUUAUUUGCAACAUAUCUGCUUUUUUUAAAACAAGGACCUGGACAAAUAUGAAAUUGCUGGGUGACUCCUCCUCAUCGCUGCUCCUCUCGCUGCUGUUGGCUCAACUGCAUCUGUUAGCAUCUGCCUUCCCUGCCCACCCCCGGAGGAUCCAAACUGACUUUGACAAGCUGACCAAUCAGACCAGACACCUUCUGAAGCUGACUCAGGACCUACUGAAAGACCCGGUGUUUGGUGCAGAGAUUGAUCACCACAGGUUCAAGUCUCUUCCAGCGAUCAGCAGCAGAGUCAGUGACCUCACCACUCUGGAGUUCAAGCCUACUCUUUCUCAGCUCCAUGCGGACUUGAAGUCCUUCGAGCACCAUUUUGAGUGGCUGAAUAGAAUAACACGCAAGCAGCACCACAGCUCAGUACCAAAGUUGACUGACAUGAUCUCCCACAUUAAGAGCCUCAUAAACUCCUUACAACGUCAGAUGGCCAGAGCAGAGGCUCCCCGGAUCCCUGUUCCCUCUCCCUCACUUCCACCCAAUCCCGCCUUUCACUGGGAGGUGGUUCAGUCCUCUCAGGAACUCCUGCAGCAGUUCCGGCUCUUCUGUGACUGGGCCUCACGAGUGUUCCUUACCCUUAAAUCUAGAUUACCAGCAUGAGGAACCUCAACGUUUCUUUACAAUACAGCAAACAAGACCAGGACUCGAUCAUUAUUACAGUCCAGGGAUGGACUGGCCAUAGGGAGCAACAGGACUUUUCCCAGUGGGCUGAGUCGACUUGUGGGAAAAUAAUGAGUGGACUGAAGCUGAAUAUUUCAACUUAUUCUCUCCUACCCAUUUAUAACGUACUGUUGUUCAGUCUCAUUCAAACCUCCAUUACUGUUCACUAUCAAACCAAGCAUACGCUUGAGAGUGAAUCUGUGCCUAACACAAUUCUGCAUUCCCAGUCAUGUACAAUACGAAUAUUGCAUAUGGAACCAGGAAGACAAUUAUUGAUUUGGCCUAAUUUUAGUUCAGAAUGCUUUCAAUCAGCUGAAAUGUAGUGCCAUAGAAGUAUGACCUCUCAAAAAAUGAGGUCCAGUCCCAAGAUAGGGGUAAAUUGAGUAAUAAUUUGACAACAUAUUGGACAAACGUUGAAUAAUGUGAGAAAGAUUUAAACAUCCCCCAAUGCUUUGUGCAAUAUUGUAGUGGGUGAUUAUCUGUGGUGGGUUGUUAUGGGCCUUGUAUGUCAUAGGCCCAUUUAUUUUUUCAUCCCAGUCCAUCCCUGUCGCAGUCUGAAGCCUGAUAUUGAAGGAGUCCGACCUGAACUCCAGUCGACAUCCUGCUUCUGAUGCUCCAUUUAACCGUAAACCUUCCUUUGCCUUUUCUUUUUUAUACAAUUCAUUUUUCAGAACUAUUCGUAAUUUCGUAAUUUAUGUAUUUAUUUAUUUAUUGACUAGUUAUUUAUUUAAUGAUAUUAUUUAUUUGAUUUCUUGAUACACAUCAACAUUGUCAACAUUCUUUCAUUUGCAAGUCAAGAAGUGUACUCUUUCUUAUUUUAUCUAACGCACACACACACACACACACACACACACAACAGCUUAAUUUUUUAUCUUUUAUUAAACUGAUUGUAUUUUUAUACAAUUUAAUUUCCUCUUCACUGUUACCUAGGUUACAGUUCUCUGCCACUAAAUGUAGCAAUAUUUUGGGAGUGUAACGUAUCAGUGCUGAAGGAGAGAGGUCUAGCACUGACCGGAAAUUUGCUAGUCUUUAUUUUAUGUUGUUGUCUAUUUUUGCACAGCAUGUUUUGAUAAAACUUAUUUCAAGCAACAUGAGAAAAAGACAACCUAAGCCUUAAAAUACUAUGUAUUGUGAUACUUUGGUACUGUAAAGCUGUACAUACAUGUUCCCGAAUGUAAACUGGUAUAUACAAUAUGUGUUUACGUAUAAUAUUGUUUGUACGUACAAGUCCAGUGCUCUAUCAAUGUGUUGCAAUAUUAACAUAAUUUUUUGCCCUUUCCUUCUCAAUUUUUAGGAUUUUGAUACAGUAUUUACUAUUUAUUGUUAUUAUAACGUUAUUAUUAAUAUAAAAUGUUAAUUAUGUUUAAAUUAUUUUUUGCUAUUCAGAAGCAAGACUUCUGUCAUGUUUUGUACUUUUUUACUACUCACCGCCAAUCAUCUCUGUUUAGGUCGGUUUCUCAUAGACUCAAAGUUGCUACAUGUAUGUGCA